UGCAGCUUGUGCGACUUGAGGCGCAGGCAGCUCUCAGGUGGUAUUUUGUGGAAUAAUAAAGGACUUUAAAAUGCCUAUGAAAGGAAGGUUUCCGAUCAGGAGGACACUGGAGUACCUCCAGAAAGGCGAGCUCGUCUUUAAAAACAGAGUGAAGAUCAUGACGGUGAAUUACAACACACACGGAGACCUCAGCGAAGGAGCAAGAAAGUUCGUGUUCUUCAAUAUUCCUCAAAUUCAAUACAAAAACCCCUGGGUCCAAAUAAUGAUGUUCAAAAAUAUGACACCAUCACCAUUCUUAAAGUUUUACCUGGAUGAUGGGGAACAGGUACUGGUGGAUGUGGAGGGAAAGGACCACAAACACAUUUCACAACAUGUGAAGAAAAUUUUGUGCAAAACAGAAGAAGUGUUACAUGAGGAAGCUGAAGCCAGGAAACAGGCCACCAACCCUGCCAACUUUGGGCCAAAGAAGUACUGUCUGAGGGAGUGUAUCUGUGAGGUGGAGGGCCAGAUGCCCUGUCCUGGCCACACGCCACUGCCCAAAGAGAUGACUGGCAAAUAUCGUACCCAGAUGGCAGCGUCGCAGGAGUGAGAGGCUCAGAAGGAAAGCGGACUAUUGAUAUUCACUGGACAAUAAUAUUACAUUGUGACAUCAUGUUUGGUUUUAUACGAUUACGAGAAAAAGGAGCAACACUCUACUCCAGCUUAAAGCAGCAGAAACCUACCAACACAUGAUGUCGAUGUUUGGGCAGUCGACACUACGGCCUCGGUUUGUGUUUGUAUAUGAUUUGAGUCGAUUGAAAGAUCAACACAUGUAGCUGUGAUUUACAUUGAACCGUGUCGACCUUGGGCUGAAUAGUGCUGUUAAUUUAAAUAAAAAAACAAC